CCCCUCUCUACAUUACUCGUACGCUCAUACCUGGUAAAUUCGAUACUCGAUUCUCGACAGACGGUUAUGCUACCAUAUACCAUGCAUAUACCUAAUUGUCACUUUUUACCUACGGUUUGCGGAUCUGCUUACAGUUUGUAUUAAAUCAUAAUAAUUGGUACGCGAGACCGAAGAGAAAGGUUAAUUUUCAGUGUUAAUUCUGCUCAUCGAUAGUUGCUGUGAAAUCCCUUUUUAUAGCCUCAUUAUGUACGCAUUUAAGUUAGGACUGUCGUAUUUAAUGUUGAUAUGCGUCCUGGGCGCAAACACCGCUGGUGAGGACGACAUUCCACUCUCUAGGAUCGGAGCAAACGCGGGACCGACUCUCAAAUUUUUCUAUUGCUACUCAUGUGGCUACAGAAAGGUAUUUGACGACUACGUUGGUAUUCUGCAACAGAAAUACCCUGGACUUAAAAUUGAUGGAGAAAAUUUUAAUCCAGCUGGCUACAAGUUAUUCAUGGCAAAAUUUUUGGGAGUUUCAAAGAUCCUGGUAAUUGUCAUAAUACUAUGCGGCAUUAACAUAUUUGCUCCCUUUGGCUUGCACCAACCAUCCUGGUGGCAAUGGUGUACUGAGAAUCGCUUAUAUGCCUGCAUGAUGCUGUUCUUUCUCUGCAACGCCAUUGAAGGACAAUUAAUUGCAUCCGGUGCUUUCGAAAUUCUGCUAAAUGAUGUUCCUGUGUGGUCCAAAUUGGAAACCGGCCGAAUACCACAGCCUCCCGAAUUGUUCCAGAUCAUCGACAGUCAUAUGCAGUUCAGAAAAAGUCACGUCGAACACGACGGUUUCAGCACAUAGUAGCGCCGUUGAUUUGAUUCAUCAUUAUUGGCCAAUGGGAACAGAGAAAUGUUUUCUAUAAUUACAUAGCUACCAAUGGAAGGUAUAAUGCGUUGCGUUGCCAACACCACGCACAGUCUAUGCCAAAGGAAUAAAUGCUAUGUAUCUUGAAUCCGUUCGACGUAUACGUUUCGUCUGCUUUGGAACUUACUUUUUACACACAUAUUUUUAUAGUAUGUAUGUAUACUACUAUACCGUUACCUUGGUAUAAUCGUAUAAUUUGGCAAAAAGUUUGGUCACGUGCCAUUUGAAUGAUUCGCCUGGUUCCUCCACAAGUUUCGAAACGGACGUUCAGUUGAACUAGUUUGUGAAUUGAGUUUGAACUGAAAUGGCAUCCCACCAUGUUCAAUAUUCCAUAGUUCAGCUGAACGUAUACUCAAAACGUGCUAAUCCAGCACACCAUUUCAUAACAAGCAUUCUCAAUGACUAUGUUCACACGGCGCUCUUACUCCGUUGUUAGUACACCGAUGAAGUAAAACCGGUGUUAAAAGUGCGUGUGAGGGAUAUUCAACACCUGGAAUUACUAAUCGGGCUUAGUUAUUCUAUUCCUCUUGAGCUAGAAGGAUAGUAUGAUAGUCGGAAUAAAAGAUACGUAUAAAUGGUA